AGAAACCGGCCGGCGACAGCACACGACAUGAUAUUGUCAAGCAAGAAAGCAAGAUGAUUUGUUUCGUAGUUGUUUUCAAUUAGUCAAUUUUUUCGUGAAACUUUCGCUUUGAGGAAGUGCGCACUAUCGUUUGCGCUGGUUUCUUCGCAGAUGACGAUGAGCCACAUAAUGAAGUCUGCUACAGAAAUUACAGCGAAGGAAAUGCAGGACGCGGCCUAUUGGCGGUCGUUGGUGCCAUUCCUGACCGUGGGUGGCGAAGGCGAAGGUGAAGGAACGGAUCGCCGUCAACACAGAAGCUCGUCUGCGACCAAGAAAGCUCAUUCACGCGGCCCCACCACCUCAAGAACGAGAACCACAUCCCGACAGGACGCCUCCAUAAGAUCAUGGCGAAAUGCUGCGAAAUACCGAAAGAGCCUGCAAACGCACGGCUAUGCAGUCAUACCCAAGGACGACUUCCAAAUAACUUCUGUAGACGAUAGAAAAUCAUUGCCCGAGGAAGGCUGCAAGAAGAAGAACCGGGCUGAAGAACCACGACUAUCAUCUGCCCAAAAAUCGCGGCCCCUUAUCCGGCCUCUCGCCGAGGCGGCCCAAAUUCUGCACGACCACGGUUGGCCCGCGACCUUUCUCGCGGUGUAUGACGAAGCGUGGGAACUCGCGAAACAAUGCCAGUCCUGGAUGGACGAGGUGUCGUGUAACCAGAACAAGUUCUGUUUCGACAUUGUCGGCUUUCAUGUGGUUGACGGGACCGGGUUUUCGCCACACCGCGACCGCCAGCCGGAGGACUGGCAGCCGAAGGGGCAUCUGCCCGAAGACCCAAGAACGACGUUUUCUUCUGCUUCAUCCGCUGAAAAUAAUAAUAACGACGGAGAUCAUGAUCAUGAUCCUCAUCGCUCCGAAAGAGCGAAUAUCGCCAGGUAUUUAACCUGCUGGGUAGCCUUGACGGACGCGACGCCCGCGCGGAGUUGUUUGCACUACGUGAGCGCGACGGUGGACCCGGGAUAUUACGCGGGAGAUAGCCUCGACGGCGAUCCCAUGGGGAGGAUAUUCGGCAGUUCUUGCACAGACGGAACAACGACCACGAAGGGCAACUACCAGAAGAUUUUUUGUGCCAGUGUGAACGCUGGGGGCUUCUGCUGUCACACGCACCGAGUCAUCCACUGGGGGAACCAGGGCGAGGACGAGAGUCAGGCAGGCGAUAAUAUUACAGAAAUGGGUGUGGAUGCUGCAAAAAAUCCAGGGAGCGACGAAAGAGAAAGCAAUCGACGAAAAAUCCCGGACGCCCGGGUGGCGCUGAGCUUUGCGUUCACGAACAACGACAACACUAGCUUCGAGCCGCCAAAUUUGCUUCUACAGGCCCAAGACGGAGGUCGUGACAGUGCCGCAGGAAAGGAAGAGAAAACUACAUGUGCUUCCGGAAUAAAAACCAAUAUCCCCGCGGUUCCGCUGAACCUCCGGCUUGCCUUGUGUAGCGCACAGGUGAUCAACUAUUCCAUGCUGUCUCUCGGCGAUCCCAAGGGGUGGAAAACUCUCGCGGGCAGAAAAUUGCAACGGAAACACCUAAGCAAAUUCUACAAAGUUUUCCAGCAACACGAAACCCACUUCCACGAGCACUAUCGUAAGGAAAUUGCGACCAAGUUCGUGGCGGUCAGUUUGGAGAAACAGGAGGGGAAGAUGAAGGGCAAAGGGAUGAUAGAAAUUCCUCAGAGCGAGCGGCCUGCGGACCACUCCCAGGUACAAGAAGGGGACACCGCGAUGGAGCUGCCAAGUCGUUCGUCGAAUGGAAGGAAAAUGACGAACAAGUCAAAUACAACGGUUGAAGAAAGCAAGAAUACUCGCGCGAGCGAACCUAUUACCGAAGCUGCUGGCGUCAAGAAGAAGACCAAGAAGAAAGGCAAAAAGAAAAGAUUAAUCCGAAUUCGGAAGAAAGUCUCGACAGAUACCAAGAACCUUGGCAUAAUUGCAGGAGCGGAUAUUGCGACACGAGCUGCUGCGAUGUACGAAGAAGCCGACUCUGAGGGGGAGUUGGAGGAUGCAGCGCUGGAAGCAAUGCUGAAUUCAGAAAAGAAUAUCGGUUCCGUUCUAUUCCAUGACGAUUUCGAUGUACAGCUGGCAGCAGCGACCCAUUGAUAAUCUCCGCUUCUUCUGUAGUCCUGCUCCUGUAGUCAACUGGAUGUCAUUUUCAAGAAAGCGACCGAGCGACAUGCUGAAAGCUGUGAAACUGAGAUGAAUUAUGCUAGUCAAU